AGCAGUUCUAAACUUACAAUAUAUCCAGAAAGUUAGCAUUCCUGUAACUUAAUUCCCAAUGGCACCAACACCCCAAUCCGCCGAAGAAGAGCAGCGCCGAUCAGCUAACUAUCAUCCCACUAUUUGGGAUCCCACUGCCAUCAAAUCCUUCACUACUCCAUACACUUAUGAACUCUAUGGUACGCAAUUGGAGGAUCUGAAACAAAAAGUUGGAAAAUUGCUUGGCUCGACGAAAGGCAUAGCUUCCUUGUUAAAGCUAAUUGAUUCGUUGAAGAGGCUUGGAGUGGCCUACCAUUUUCAGCAACAGAUUCAACAGGCUUUGGAUCAACUGAAUGUAGAUCAAAAUCUUGUCUCCUACGAUCUUUCCACAGUUGCAGUGCGUUUUCGACUCCUACGAGAGAAUGGUUAUCCCGUUACUGCAGAUGUGUUGGCUAAAUUCAAAGGUGGAGAUGGGAAGUUCAUGAGUGGAGACGUUGAGGAGCUUUUGAGCUUGAACGAAGCUUCAUUCAUGGCAAUACAAGGCGAAGAAAUCCUGGAAGAAGCCAAAUGUUUUAGCAAUCAAAGUCUCAAGAUUUUACUAGGAAAAAUGGAGGAAGUUAAGGCUAAGCAAAUUGUACGGUCAUUGGAAGUUCCACUUCAUUGGAGGAUGGAAAGGGUCGAAGCACGAAACUUCAUUGACUCCUACGCCAUGGAUGAUUCAAAGAGCUCAGUUUUGCUCGACCUUGCUAAGUUAAACUACAAUCUUGUCCAAUCAGCUUACCAGCAAGAACUGAAACAACUUGCAGAGUGGUGGAGGGAAUUGAACUUCAAGGAGAAGCUUAGUUUCAGCCGAGACCGUUUGAUGGAAAUAUAUUUCUGGGCUACUGGUUUGAGCUUCGAGCCCCAAUAUGCGAAAUGCAGGAUCUGCUUCACUAAAUAUGCAUGCCUAGCAACCGUAGUCGAUGACAUCUACGACAUUUACGGAUCACUCGACGAACUCGAACGUUUCACCAAAGCUGUCACAGGGUGGGAUGUGAAGGCCGUCCAAGAACUACCAGAGUACAUGAGAGUAAUGUUCUCGGCCAUGUCGGACUUCACUAAUGAAUUAGCCCAACAGACCAUGAAUGACCAUGGCCUGGACGUUCUGCCAUACAUCAAAGAACAGUGGGCUAUACUCUGCAGAGCACAUAUCACAGAAGCCAGAUGGUUUUACGGAGGUCAAACUCCAACUUUUAAUGAAUAUAUAGAAAAUGGAUGGGUUUCAAUUGGAAGUCUUGGAGGGUUGGUUCUUCUUUGUUUUGUGGAGGUAGACUCCAUUGCUGAUCGGUUUCCGAAUUGUCUCGAGGAUUAUUCCCAGUUGUUUUACUGGUCAUCUCUCGUUACUCGACUCAGCGAUGAUCUUGGUACUUCCAAGGCGGAGAUGGAAAGAGGGGACAUACCGAAGGCGGUGCAGAGUUACAUGAUCGAAAAAGGAGUAUCGGAAGAAGAAGCAAGAGAUCACGUAAAAGAACUGAUAAGCUAUGCGUGGAAGAAGAUGAAUGAAGAAGUUGUGGAUAAUUGUUUCCCUCAAGUGAUGGUGAAUUUAGCUAAGAACAUGGCUCGAACUGCGCAAUGCAUGUACCAGCAUGGCGAUGGAGUUGGGACAUCAACCGGUGUCACUAAAGAUUGUAUUGUUUCAUCUAUUCUUAAGCCUAUUCCAUUUUAGAUUACAAAUAAUGUGCGUGUGUUUUCGAUUUCAAUAUUUGGUUUAAUGCAAAAAAAUGGACGUGUUGAAUAAAGAGUUUGGGAUUCAAUAUU